AUGGGGUUCGGCAGGUUGUUGCGACGAGCCCACAAUGCUCUUGCCGAGGGUACCGAUCGGCUCGCUCAAUCUUCGCCUCCCUCAGUCUCUCAGUCUGAGCAAGAAUUUGAACACGACCUAAACGAAAGAAUCUUAACGACUCGAUUCACGACUCCUGGUGGAGUCCCAUCCAGCACCAGCUCCCAAACUCGCCGACCUGUACUCGUCUUCUUCGACGUCUCACAGAUCACAGCGUCACCUGGCUUCCCUGAGAACGAACGUCUUAUCGGGCAAGAGAGUUUCAAGAUGCCGGACAACUCUGCUCUGGACGCGGAUGCGCUCCUGCUCCUGCUCCCUACGCUCCUUCCUCGUUCCACAAGCUCACCCUUACCUCACCCAACUGACUCUGUGGCCGCCCUGGUACACACAAUCCACACGCAGCUCGGCUUCCGCCUGCUGCCGUCACCCGGAACGGCCGCGACUGAUGCCGGGUCAUCUUCUGCCGGUGGUCCUGCCGAACCGGAGUCUUCCGGGAACAAUGAGGACGACGACAUGUCGGAGACCACGACAGCAGUGGACCCCAAUGAGGAUACCGGAUCUGGGGUCGCCAACGUUCUUCCCGCCGGCUGGAACGCACGUGGCGAGGACAACUACACGUUCGAGUACCGGCACGAGCAGAGCAGCAUGACGUUCCGCGUGCGCGUCGGGCGCAUGGGUAGCCGGAUCACGGUAGACGGGAUGGCGGAGGACAGCGCACCUCACUCGUUUUCUCUGCCCGUGGGCGACAUUGUGAACGCAGGGUUGUUCCCGAUUCCCUCGGCCGCGACUGCGGCGACCGCCGCCGGUGACGAGCAGGACGCUGCCCGGGCGCUGGGUUUCGUGUCUCGCGACGCUGUGAACCGUUUCACCAGCUCGUACGACAGCAGCGUCGUUUCCCGUCUCGUCCCGGGGCUGAGCAAGGAGGGCUACACGGCGGCUGCACCGUCAUCGGCGCCUAGAGGUCCGGAUGAGCGUCGCCGCCCGCGCCCUACGCCGGACAACCCGACCGGGCCCGAGCCGGCCCGGCCCGGCGUCCCCUCGCCUCUGAUCGACCCUCUCCGAGGUCCCGGCGCCGUCCCAGCCGCAUCUGUAGGUCACCGCGACCUCGACCGCCCCGACUCGAGCGGUGGCAUGGUGGUCGACUUCAACCACCCGCUGUUCGCAGGUCGCCGCGGCCAAGGCAGCGGUGAGGUUCCCGACCCGUCCCACCCUUCCGGCGCUCGCUGGGACCCCGUUGGGCCCCACGGCCCGACUGGCCCACGUUUCCCCGGUGGCUCUGGCGGUAGUAACCCGCUCGGAGGCGUGGGCGUUACCGACCCGGAAUGGCGCAACAGGUUUGGGGACGAGAUGCCGCCUCCGGGCGAGUUUGGGCCAGACAUGGGUCUGGGCCCCUUCGGUGGCCCUAACGCAGGACCCGGCGGUGGUCGCUUUGGAGGAGCAGGUGGAGGCCGCUUCGGCCCGGAGGGCCUGGCGGGCUCGGCGGCGGCUUUGGAGGCGGGCUUGGCGGAGGCGGCGGAGGCGGCGGCUUUGGAGGAGGGGGUUUCGGCGGGGGUGGGGGUAUGUUCAUGUGAGCGAGCGUCAGCGAGCUCCCGAGCUCCAACCGAGUCGGUGAUCAGCGGACUUGGCAUACGUUAG